CGUCUUCGGUUGCUUCCCGUUCGCUCGGUGCCUCCCCUCCCCCGCUCGGCUGUCCGUGCCCCUCUUGGGCGCCGGGGCGGCGGGGCCGUCGGCGUGCGGCCCUCCGCGCGUCCGCACGUGCGCCCGUGCAAGUUUCCGCCGCCCGCACCCCGGCGCGCGUCCCUGACACCGAGUCGGAGCGGGGGCAGGGGUCUGACCGCCAUGACCCCCCGAAGCCCCGCGUGAGGGGCCGAGAUGUGGUGAUCUACCAGCGCUUUGUGUGGACAACCCCUGUGAUUGCCAUACCUCUGGACGCCCCCGGGGGCCUGAGCCCCUCAACUUCACCACCGGCACCAUGUCGACCUCAUCACUCCGGCGCCAGAUGAAGAACAUCGUCCACAACUACUCAGAGGCCGAGAUCAAGGUCCGAGAGGCCACAAGCAAUGACCCCUGGGGCCCGUCCAGCUCCCUCAUGUCGGAGAUCGCUGACCUCACCUACAACGUGGUGGCCUUCUCGGAGAUCAUGAGCAUGAUCUGGAAGCGGCUCAAUGACCAUGGCAAGAACUGGAGGCAUGUCUACAAGGCCAUGACGCUGAUGGAGUACCUCAUCAAGACGGGCUCGGAGCGCGUGUCGCAGCAGUGCAAGGAGAACAUGUACGCAGUCCAGACGCUGAAGGACUUCCAGUACGUGGAUCGUGACGGCAAGGACCAGGGCGUGAACGUGCGCGAGAAGGCCAAGCAGCUGGUGGCCCUGCUGCGGGACGAGGACCGGCUUCGGGAGGAGCGGGCCCACGCACUCAAGACCAAGGAGAAGCUAGCCCAGACGGCCACAGCCUCCUCGGCAGCCGUGGGCUCUGGGCCCCCACCUGAGGCCGAGCAGGCGUGGCCACAGAGCAGCGGGGAGGAAGAGCUGCAGCUGCAGCUGGCCCUGGCCAUGAGCAAGGAGGAGGCCGAUCAGCCGCCGUCCUGCGGCCCCGAGGACGACGUCCAGCUCCAGCUGGCCCUUAGUUUGAGCCGAGAGGAGCACGAUAAGGAGGAGCGGAUCCGGCGCGGGGAUGACCUGAGGCUGCAGAUGGCCAUCGAGGAGAGCAAGAGGGACACGGGGGGCAAGGAGGAGUCAUCCCUCAUGGACCUCGCUGACGUCUUCUCAGCCCCGGCUCCUGCAUCUGCUUCGGACCCCUGGGGGGCACCAGCGCCCAUGGCUGCUGCUGUCCCUGCAGCUGCCCCUGCCUCGGACCCCUGGGGGGGAGCUGCUGUCCCUCCAGCUGCUGACCCCUGGGGCGGUCCGGCUCCCACGCCGGCCUCUGGGGACCCCUGGAGGCCAGCUGCCUCCACAGGGCCCUCAGCGGACCCGUGGGGUGGGACCCCAGCCCCCACAGCAGGAGAGGGGCCCACACCCGACCCAUGGGGAGGCUCUGAGGGCGGGGCCCCCGUCAGUGGACCCCCAGCCUCUGAUCCCUGGGCACCAGCGCCAGCCUUCUCGGACCCCUGGGGAGGGUCCCCUGCCAAGCCAAGCACCAAUGGCACUGCAGUGGCUGGGGGCUUCGACGCUGAGCCUGAUGAGUUCUCAGACUUUGACCGACUCCGCACGGCGCUGCCAGCCUCGGGGAGCAGCACGGAUGUAGAGGCAAGUUGCCAAAAUGGUACCAAGAAUGCCCUCCGGAGAUCGGCCACCCGCUGUCCCUGCCGACCCUCCCUGGCUCUGGGCCCCUUUCCAGUGGGGGGAGCUGGAGCUGCUAGCAGGAGAGGUGCCCGCCUGCAGCCCAGGGGCCUUCGACAUGAGUGGGGUCGGGGGCUCCCUGGCCGAGGCCGUGGGGAGCCCCCCACCCACAGCCGGCCUGGCCCCCACGCCCCCCACACGGAAGACCCCAGAGUCAUUCCUGGGCCCCAACGCAGCCCUCGUGGACCUGGACUCGCUGGUGAGCCGGCCGGGCCCCGCACCACCAGGAGCCAAGGCCUCGAACCCCUUCCUGCCGAGUGGAGCCCCGGCUGCUGGCCCCUCCGUAACCAACCCCUUCCAGCCAGCACCCCCGGCGACACUCACCUUGAAUCAGCUCCGCCUCAGCCCUGUGCCCCCCGCCCCCGGGGUGCCGCCCACCUACAUCUCUCCCCUUGGUGGGGGCCCCGGCCUGCCACCCAUGAUGCCCCCCGGGCCCCCGGCCCCCAACACUAACCCCUUCCUCCUGUAAUGCGGUGGGAGGAACAAGGCCGCUCGGCGUCCUGCUCCUGCCCGGGAGAUCAGUGUGGAGAGUGCAUGUGAAUCGGGGGGCCCAGCACCUCCCCCCGCCUCCCGGGCCCGCUCACACUACACCCUCCUCCCGGCCCGACCUGCCUCCCUGAGCCGGACACGGGUGGGGAGGGCCGGCUGACGAGGACCCCUUUCCAUGGCAUUAGAAGGGGAGGACUGUGGGGUCCCCGCCACUCCUCCUCCCUCCACACUGCCCCCCAAUCCGUGUUUGAGCCUCACUCCCCUUUGCACCCCUGGGUGAAACCUUGGUGAUGAUUUUGGCAACUUCGGGAAUAAAAGGCAGUUCUCACGGG